AUGCAGCGAACCCCGGUUACCAAAUCCGUACUUCCGGAGGUCUCUCACGUCGCUGAUAGCGUUAGUAAUAAGCAGGGUAAAGAGAGUAAGUUGGUGUCGGAAUCGCUGAGAAGUUUCGCGUCCGGUAGCAGGCGAUCGCAUAAAAGCAAAGCAGCGGCGUCGGUAACGCAAAGUCAAAUCAGAGCUUUGGAACUCGUCGACGAACUGGAGGAAGAAGAACUGCGCGUCUCCUUAGAGCAAGAUAGGAUUGUUGCUGAGCAGCGGCUGGAAGCACUGAAGAUCCAGAAAGACCUGGAGCUCAAGCGUGAGCAGAAAAAAGCGGAAUUCAUCAAGAAAAAACGAGAACGAGCAGUUCAGAUGAGCGAGUUACGAUCGUGCUCAGGCGUGUCAAGCUGUAGCUCUACGCAACGUGUACAGGACUGGUUGAACAGAAACGUGACUCCAACGAUCGAAAUCAAAGACGACAAUGAACAUGUUGAGCCAGAUGCAGCAGCAGCAGCAAACAGUGUGAACGAGGUUUUGUGUCACGCGUUUAAGGCACUUCAGAAUCGACACGUCAAGGAUCAACCCAAGGAUCUACCAACGUUUUCUGGAAAUAUCAUGGACUGGCCAAUAUUCGAAAACGAAUUCAAGACGUCGACCGCCGAGUUCAAGCUGACGGAUAGAGAAAAUCUCAGAAGGCUGAACAACGCUCUGCAAGGGAAAGCUCGAAAAACUGUAGAGUGUUUGUUGUCGGCCUCCGAAAACGUUGGACUAAUCAUGCGGAUGCUCAAAUCGAAUUUCGGACGUACUGAGUGGGUAGUGGCGAACAGACUGGAGUUGCUACGCAACCUUGACUACGUGAAGGAAGGUAAUAUCGAGUCUUUCCGAGUUUUCUAUAACGCUGUCAUUGGAACUGCGGUGGCGCUGAAAAAUGUUAAUGCGGAGGCGUACUUGAUGAAUCCUGAGCUGAUAUCGCAUCUGGCAGAGAAGUUGCCCGCUUUUAGCAAGCAAAUGUGGGUGCGGCAUAAAGCGUUUCUGAUGAAGCAAGAUACCAUCGUCGACUUCCAGGAAUUUUCGCGGUGGUUGGAGGAUGAGAUGGAGAAUCAGUUGGCGAGUAUGAACCCUCUCUUUCUCAACAAAAAAGAUCGCAAGGAUAUACCGUUCGCGAGAUCAAAGCCUCCUGUGCUGAACGUGAACACUCGUACUGCAGACCAGAGAGGACAGUGUCCUUUGUGCAGUUCGAACGACCAUCUGAGCCUGGUGAAGUGUGAGCAGUUCGUCAAACUAUCUGUGGAACAACGGCGGUCUGCUGCAAGAUCCUGUAAGGUAUGCUAUAUAUGCUUGAAGCAGGACCAUUCUCGUAGUGAUUGCCGAUCCAACAAAUCCUGUUCAGUGUGCAAUAAGAACCAUCACGAGUUAGUGCAUUCAGACAAGGAGUACAGGAAGUCAGUUCGCAAGUUCGGUAAGAAAGAACCUGAGGAUAUUUGCCAUGUUAACGGAAGGAACGAGAAAACUCUUCUGCGUGUUGGUAAGGUUAGGAUCCGCAGCCAAGGUAGAGUUCAGGACGUGUUCGCCCUUUUCGAUGAAGGAUCUUCUAUCUCGAUGAUCGACACGGAGCUAGCCGAUAAAAUGGAUCUCCACGGACCGGUAUCUCCUGUAACAUACCGCUGGACAAAUGGAAUAACCCACCAGGAUUCGAGGUCGAUGCUGUUAUCCUUCGAAGUUUCUGGACCAAGCGAACAAGCUAAAUGGCACGAAGUGAACAACGUACGGACCAUUACGAACAUGAAUCUUCCUCGUGUGAACCUCGACAUCGCCAGGAUCAAGAGUUUGUAUCCACUCCUUGACGAGGAGAAGCUGAUUGUUCUGCAAAAUGCCACACCUAAAAUGCUGAUAGGAUCAAACAACGCCGGUCUCAUAGUUCCAUUGAAAACUGUGCAAUAUUCGUUAAGAGGUCUACAACUGACGCGUUGUCAUCUUGGAUGGACAAUCCACGGAGAAAUUGAGCCUGCGACAGUGGACACUGCUGACCAAUUUCACGUUUUCCUCUGCAAUAACAAUGAAGAUCUGGAGCUGACGGAGCAAAUAAAAGAGUUGUAUAAAAUUGAAGACUUCGGCAUCCGAGAUCAAGGUCCAAAAAUAUCCGAAGAAGAUGAACGAGCAUUAGACAUCAUGAACCGCACACUGAAGCGUCGCGACGACCGUUUUGAAGUUGGUCAGAUUUACCGAUACAACAACUUCACGUUUCCUGACAGCAAACCGCAGGCACUCCGCCGCCUGACCAUCAUGGAGAAAAAAAUGGAUGCAGACCCGAAGUUCGCCGAGCAAUAUUGUCAAAAAAUUGAAGAUUACGUGACAAAAGGCUACGCACGGAAGCUGAAUCCCGAGGAGAUGCACGAACCACCAAAUACCUGGUAUUUGCCGCAUUUCAGCGUUAUGACUGCAAACAAAUUUAGGCUGGUGAUGGAUGCCAAAGCAAAAUCACACGGCUUUUCCUUGAACGACCUUUUGUUGAAAGGACCUGAUUUCGUUCCGUCUUUGAUUGCAGUAUUAAUGCGCGGUAGACAGAAAAAAGUGGCGUUUAUGGCAGACAUCAAGGAAAUGUUCCAUCAGGUGCAGAUACGAGAGGAGGAUCAGAAUUCUCAACGGUUCUUCUGGCGUGGCAUGAACCGUACAGAGCCUCCUGAAGUCUACGUAAUGAUGGCGAUGAUUUUUGGUGCAGUAUCGUCUCCUUCUAUUGCACAAUUUAUCAAAAACUUCAAUGCGAAGGAACUAGAAGAUCGUUUCCCUGGAAUACUGCGUCCAAUAGUCAAACAACACUAUGUGGAUGACUAUUUUGAUUCGACGGAUACCGAAGAACAAGCCAUUGGAUUACUGAAAAAUGUUGUAGCGGCUCACGAACAUGGCGGUUUCAAGCUGGUUAAAUUCGUUUCCAACUCCGAAGCUGUGCUGAAAUCUCUUGACCCCUCGUUGAAAGCUGAACCGAAAGCAGAAAUGAGGAAGAUUCUAUCGCUACCGAAAAAUGAAAAACCGAAGAAGUUCACCAUCAACGUGUACGACAUGGAAGACGCAAAGAAUGAGUGGUUCAAACGAACUCAAAUGGAAUCGUUUUCCGACGAAAUCAACAGCUUGAAAACGUCAGGAUUUGUGAAGAAAUCGAGCCGUUUGUACACGUACUCUCCAGUUUUGAUUGAUGGACUCUCCAUUAUCAGCCUAUCGCCGUCGUACUCAACUGGCAUGGGCGUUGUCAUUAGGACCAAUUUCAGUCAGUAG